CUCAAUUAGGGCUCCAUUAUUGGUUGUAUAAAUUAACGACUGACCUUUGGAUGAUUUUCUCUACGUCUCUUUAGGGUUUGUUCCUCUCCUGAAUCGAUUCGACGUAUUUAAGGUUUUUGUGUUGCCGAUUAGCGUAAGAUUGCGAGAAUGAGGCCGAUAUUCGUUGGGAACUUCGGGUACGAUACUCGCCAAUCGGAGUUGGAGCGUCUCUUCUCCAAAUACGGGCCAGUCGAACGUGUUGACAUGAAAUCUGGUUUUGCUUUUGUGUAUUUUGAUGAUGACCGGGAUGCUGAAGAUGCUAUACGUGGUCUUGACAGUAGGCCAUUUGGAUAUGACAGGCGCAGACUUUCUGUUGAAUGGGCUAAGGGUGAACGUGGUCGACACCGUGAUGGGUCCAGGCCAAAUCAGAGGCCAACAAAAACUUUGUUUGUGAUCAAUUUUGAUCCACUUCAUACCAGAGUCCGUGAUAUUGAAAGACACUUUGAACCGUAUGGGAAGGUUCUGCAUGUUAGAAUCAGACGGAAUUUUGCAUUUGUCCAAUUUGAGACUCAGGAGGAUGCUACAAAAGCUCUUGAGUGCACACACAUGAGCAAAAUAAUUGACCGGGUCGUCUCUGUUGAGUAUGCUCUAAAGGAUGACGAUGAGAGAGGUGAUCGCUACUAUGACAGUCCUAGAAGAGGUGGAUAUGGUCGACAUAGUCCUUAUAGAAGGUCGCCUAGCCCUGCAUACCGCAGGCGUCCAAGUCCCGACUAUGGUCGACCACGCAGCCCAGUUUAUGACAGAUAUGAUGGCCCUGCUUAUGAUAGGCGCAAAAGUCCUGGUUAUGGUCGGAACAUCAGUCCUGAAUAUGGCAGAUACCGCAGCCGCUCACCUGUUCGGAGGUCAUCUUAAAAUCGUGCAGUUUAAUGGAAGAAGCAUGCAGUUUAAUGGAAGAAGCAGGCCUAACAUGUCUUACUUUCCCGUGGUAGAAAGUGCUUGGCUAUAGUUUUAGGCGGAUUUAUUAAUGAUAUGAAGAAUCUCGGUAUAGUGCUUAGGUUCUUUAUGAUUGUACGUAAAGAAGUAUGGAUUCUCAAGUUUACUCUUAAUCAUAGAACUUGGUGUAUAUUUAUAUCAUUUGAUAAAAAUCAGCGAUGUGACCAGACUUUUUUACCGGGAUUAGUUGUUUUUAGCU